CGUGAGUACUUGUUGGUUUUGAGAACUUCAGCUUGCUUGACGCGGCAGCCUGGACGUCCUUGAAGCGCGCUCUCCGACCCUCCGCAAACUUGGUGGCCUCAACGAGCAGCUCUGUCGUUGCGCCACGUACUAGCACCAUUGCCCUGCCGCCGACGCGCCUCGAAGACGCUCCACGGACUGCGACAGCCGCCGAGUCGGCCAUACGAUCCCGUCGCCCACCGUCGCCACAACUUCAACUCGCCCAACCCAUGUUGAGUCUGCGCGCGGACCAGCCCAGCAUGUCCUUGCCAAUGCCAUCGUCCACAGCAACAACGUCGACAUCACCGACGUCGCGGCCCUUUCUGAGCCUGCCCAAGCCGGCGGUCGUCGUCCGGAAGUCCAAGCCGCCCCAUUAUCUUAUGCACCCGCUCGACGAGAUCCCGUCGUACGCGACCCAUGCAUCGCGGAGCGACUUUGUGCCCGAACCCGAGAGCGUCGAAAACCCCCUGUACACAGCGUCGCCGACGGCCGAGUCGCGCACCGAAGAAGACGAGUCGUCCGACGACACGACGCCCGACGACGAGCAAGACACAGCGUGGGUGCAGCGCGCGCGGCCGUUUGCAAAAAAGCGCCGCGCGCUGCUCACCCCCAAGGGAUCGGGCGACCGCCACGCGCCGCAGCGAACACCACCGCCACGCGCCGCCUCCCAGCGCGCCGCGGCCAAGCCGCUCGUGGACCCGCUCAACGAGAAGCGGUCCACGAAGAGCAAGUGUCCGCCGGGUCUCCGCUCUGGCAAGUGGACGCCCGAGGAAGAGAAGUUCACCAACACGAUGAUCCACUACUUCCGGCUCGGGCUCCUCGACAUUGAAGACGGCACGUCACUGCGGUGGUACCUCAGCAAGAAGCUCAACUGCGAAGCGAUGCGCGUGACCAAGAAGCUCAAGGGCAACAGCUCGAUCGGCAAGCAGAUCUUCCGCGCGCUCGACUCGUCGAGUGUCACGGAAGCGUCCGUGCGCGAGGCCACUGAGACGCUGCGCGUGCUCGAAGAAGAGUUCUUCUCGUCGCUCGCGUACAAACCGCCGCCGAAUGGUGCGGCCAAGGAGGUUGCGCCGCCACAAGCGAACAGCAAGCGACCAAAGCGUGCCAAGCCCACCGUCGCGCCCGAGCCGCCUUUGCCGAUGGUUGUCGAGGACGAGCUGCCAAGCGAGCCAGCCAACCCGGAGGCCGAGCUCCUCUUGCAUUUUUGCCUCUCGGCGCACCGUGGCGAGAAGCGGUCCGUGGACGUUGCCGGCUUGGACGACGACGACGACGACGACGACGGCGACGAGUCGUGAGUAGAUCAGAUAGCGUAAAUAACACCACCACAUAAAGCCACAACUAGUACAUUAGCUGUUUAC